UGGGGAUGGGCGGGCCAUGGCGCGGUCCGUGGGAGGAGGGAGAGCCGCCUUCCCUCGCGGCCUUCGCGCCCCGGGUUGGCGGAACGCAGCCGGUGCGGGCAGCCCGGCCCCCGCAGCCUCGGCCCAGCGUGGCUCGUGUGCUACGGAAUGUGCAAGCAUAGCAUGGACACUGAACAUAUAUCACAAGAACCUAGCAAAAGUUGAGCUCCUCCCUCAGGUGAAGUUUCUGCACACUACAUUGUCUCAGAAAGGUCUGGAGGAGUUUUUUGAUGAUCCAAAGAACUGGGGAGAAAAAACUGUAAAGUCAGGGGAUGCAUGGAAGAUAAACCAGCUAAGGGGCAAGAGUAGUGAAGACUUGCACAAACUUUGGUAUAUCCUACUGAAGGAGAAAAACAUGCUUUUAACUUUAGAGCAAGAAUCAAAACGACAGCUGAGACCUAUGCCAAGUCCAGAACGAUUAGAAAAGGUAGAAAAGUCUAUGAAAAAUAUAGACUUGGUUGUCAAAGAAAGAGAAACUGCUUUGAGGCUUUUACAAACUGGCCAAGAAAAACCAGUACCUGGCGAGUGGCGACACGACUUCUUAGGACGCACCUACUGGUACACCUAUAAGGAAUGGCCAAUACCAUGGCACUUGAACAAAAAAUACAAGAGGAGGAAAUUCUAUUACUUACCUCAUGUGAAUCACUUCAUCAGGCUCAGACAUGAGAAAUAUUUACGUAUAAGGUCAAGAAGGCAAAACCUAGAGAAGAAAAGGCAGAAGGUCUUGAAAAGGAAGUUCCCUCACCUUGCUGCAAAAUCUCAGAGCCAGUAACAUGCUGAAAGAGUGCUUCAAGCAAUUGGUCGAGUAUCUUUGAGACUGGAACACAAAACAAGCUCUGAAACCAGAGAACAACUCGACUGAGCAUUCCUGAGAGUCUUUUUUUUUUUUAAUCCCACAUUUGACCCAAAUUAAACUUGUGGCCUGGAAUUAAAAAGCAGCUUUGGUGUACAAGUCAAAUGAAUCCUAACAGUCAUUCCUAGAAGCAUUUGAAAAAUGAUGCAUUAACCAGCUAUUAUAAAAAGUGAUACAUCAUUUUAAGAGCAGGAACUGUCUGCCAAAUGAAGGUAUCAAGUAUUUACCUGAUUUCAUUUCAACAAAUAUGCAUUAACACCAGAAUGAAACAAAGGCCUCUGAAGCUCAGAUACAGUCUUUGCUGCCUGAUCACCUGAGUGACAUGUGCUGUUGUGCUGUCCGUUAACAGCAUGGGAAGGUAUGCUCUGCAGUCUGGGACAGGGAGCUUUCCCCUGUUUUAACUGUGCCUUGUUGGAACGUACGAAAUAUUUAGUAUGUGGGCUUUGAACAGUGCAGUCUUAAAACCUACAUUUCUACAUACCUGUGACAAAUUCCAACAUUUGUGCAAUUUCUAAGUGGGGUUUUUUUUUGCAGAGUGCAAAAUGUUGGAAGGAAAACUGGUGUUAGUCUUCUGUGAAACUGAAGGGGAAAGGUACUGCCACUGCUCUGAGUAACACCUACUGCUGGUGGUAAACACCUCCUUUGUGAAAGUUUGUAACCUUCACCUGAGGCUGUGCAGAAAUUCACAAUAAAGUCACAACUACUAGUC